CAACAGCAUAGUGUACAAAAUGGCGACUUACAUGAUGUAAACACAAUACAGCUUAACUUGGAUUUUGUAACACUUAUCGUCUUGAUAUUGGAAAUCACGAUAUAGGAAAGAUGUCUGAGCCAGGUGAUGAAUAUGCCGGUGAGGCUAAGUCUAUGGUGGAUGAGGUCAUACAGAAUGCACUCAGACGAUUAGAGACAGGUGUCUUUGAGCGAGAGAAAACCAGCGACUCCCAAAAGUCUGAUAUGCUGCCUCCUUCACGAGAGACCACAAUAAUCAGAGAGGAGGAUUAUGAAGUUGACAAUAUCAAAUGGCUAACAAUAGAAGAAUUUUCUCCUGAUGCUGCAGAAAAGAAGAUUAAUGAAUUCAUUGCGACCUGGGAGUAUGAGAACAGCUGGCUGUACUGUGUUGACUUUAUGGGUGAAGAUGAUCAUGAGUUUGACAGACGCUUCCAGUUCCGUGUUCGAUGGAGUAUACCCACAAGAAGGAAACCCAUUCCACGUGCAACAGCUUCAGUGUAUUUCACGUUCGUCGUCUCCAAGAUAAAACCCAGGAAUUACCCAGUUGAAGUUUUCUAUGUUUUUGAAACAAACCGUCUUGUUCACAAACCUGGGAUGUCUCGGUUCAGGGAAAAGUGGCUGAAGGAUAUCAUUGAAAGCAAGGUGAUCAUGAUGUCAGCAGUCACGUUUUGAACAGCGAGCUCAGAGAUCUGUGUACAAUCAUUAGAUACACAAACACUUAAUGCAGUGCAAACCAACAACAAACAGUUUUAUGAGAUUCAGACUGUUGUAAAUUAGAAGUCUGUUACUACUCUUCCUACUGAUAGCCGACCAAGAAGUAACCUAAUCAUGAUAUCCACAUCUGUUGUAGGCCAUGCGAUAUCAUGACAAAUUGUGAUACCCGGAAAUUUUCUUAUUUCACUUUCUCAUUUGUACAAUAUGUCAAUUAUUCACAGAUAUGGCCACAACAAGUUGAAAUUUGUUCUCAGAAUUUUCUUACCAUUUUAAAUUAUGCUUUGUUGUUGCUUUUGUGGCAAUUUUCAGACUAUGAUGCUUCAACUUGUCUUAAGAUGUCUGGCACAAAGCUAAGUCAAAAUAGUUAUCAUUGCAAAUCAGCGAGUGUUUAGAAGAUGUACAAAGAGAAAUUAUAUCUGAGAGUAAGAGUAAAAGAUGUUCAUCAUAAUAACAGGGUUAACAAAACCUUGUUUUACUGCGGGAAGACCUGCGCUUGUUAGUCAAAAUACCUGUAGAAGUCCUUGUCGUGUAAGUCAAUACAUUGUUAGAAGUCAGUGUUCCUCACUAAAGUCUGUGAUGCUCUCAGUAAAAUGAUGUUUGUUCCAGAAUUGAAUGUUCCUGUUACAGUAUAUUUUGUUAUGAUUGUUUGUGUUAUUCCACACAUUAAUAUGCUGUGUUCCGUGGUGUGAAAAUAUUUCUGUAUUGUUAUAUGUUAAUCAUUGUGUUGUGCAAAUCAAUAUCUGUUAUAAUUCAUUCUUAAACUGAUUGUUUUUGUAUAUGAUUUUUUGAGUUAAUUUGUGUUAGCUAGCCAUGAUAUUUAGAGGUGGUGGAAGAGCAGUCUGAUGGAAAUAUCAACAUGGAUCUUCCAGUAUAUAACAUGGACAUUGCCUUUGGUAUUAUGUGAAAGAAUCAUGGAGUAAGCAGUAGGAUUAAAUUCAUGAAGACAAAAGCCGACAGGGUUUCAGCUUCUUUCAUGACAAGGUGUGUCAUUGACAGCAAUACCUAUUAUGCAUACACAAUGUUUCAAAGUUAUUUCAUUACCCUUUUCUAAAUUCUUUGAUAGCUCAGGUAUAUCGGUACAUAUCCAAAGCAAGUGGUACAGUCAUAAAGUCAAUAGCAUCUGUACUGAAGUGUCGUGUUGAAUAAACAAUAAGGACGUAAUCCUUAAGUCAACUGUGUCUUCAUUGGUGCUGAUUUUCUAAGCUGUUCCUCAUCUGUCCUGAGUCUGUACCUAGCCAAUAAAUACUGGUAUUACAUGCUUAUCAUGUGAUAAGAAGUGCUUGUUCUUGAGUUCAAAUGUAUUUUCCUCAGGUUUAGGUAUCGUACAAGUAAUGUGGGGGCUGAUCGAUGUUUUUGUCAUUCAUUGGGGCAUUUACUUCCAUGGUUGAAAUCUUCAGGCAUAUCCUUUAUGCUGUUACACAGGAGAACCAAGACCAGGUUGAUGCUUGUCCAUGUAGAUACUGUAUGCUAACAUAUAAGUAAAUUAUCAUGAUAAUAAUGUAUUUCUAUUGUGAUGAAGAAAAAUCUUAAACAAUCAAAUUGGUAUUAGUCUGUCUUGGAAUAUCUGCAACGUGUUAUGAACAUAUUUGGGGCACAAUGACGAACAUGUUGAAUGGCGUACUAGUAUUUGACAUAUUAAGUCACCUGUUGACUUGUUACACUAAGAUCAUUUUUUUGUUGAAGAAUUCCUUCCUUAGUUUCUGUUUCCUGCCACCAGCAUGUGUUUUUUACAUGUUUGAGGUUGAGUAACAGACUGAUGAUAUUUGUAUAGUUUCUUAAUAAUCAUGUGAAAAUAUUUUGUAAAUAUGACUUCUUGACCUGGGUUUCUCACUUUUAUGGCUGAUGGUUGAAAUAAAUUAUUCAUGGCAGCAUAUAUACCUCUUGGACUGUAAAUAUUACUAAAACCCUCCUUCAAAUGUCCAUGUGCUUCAGUAAGUUGUGUUGUGUCCUCUGUUAGACAGGGAUGAUUUUGUUUUGUGAUGAAAUGAUUAUGGAUUUAACAUUUUAGUGACAUAUACUACAAUAUGUAUUAGGAUACUGUUUUAUUUGAAAUGUGUAAAUAUACAUAAACAGUUUAUUUCAUUAU